CGAGUAAAAGAGGUGUGUGAACCUAGGAGACAAAGUUAGUGGGGAAGAGACCCGGGGCCAGCAUUGCGGGAAUUCAGGCUCAUGCAAACUUCGGAAGAACCCAGGAGGAGAGAGAGAGUGCGCUCAGCGGGUUCCGAGGGGGACUGGAUCGUCAGGAUCUUGUAGCGAUCCACUUUUCAUGCCAGUAGGGAUAAGUGAACUAUUCGCACUAUCUGGAGGGUGUCGAGUCAGGGAGGAGUAGCUGGGAAGUGUACAGGAAUUACAGCAGCAGCAGCCGGGAUGUUUUGAGCCGAUCUCCGGCGGGUGGUGGAUUCUUUUGGAGGACAGGCGAUCUCAGCAAGUUGGGGACUUUUCAUGGUGACAAUAAGGACACUGGAUCUGGUGGCAGAGAAAAGGGAAGGACUGCAGGAAGAAGGUCUCCAGGUUUUUCACAGCCGACUCAGACGUUCUGCUCAGAAGUGAAUGCCUGAGGUUUUGUAUGUGUAAAGUGUGCUAAAGUUUAAUCUUGAAGGAAUUACCAGGAAUCAGUCAUUAAGGAUAAUCUGAAAAAUGGCCAAUGUCGGGGCUCAGCUCGACAGAUCUGAAGGAGAACAAAACAAUGAGUUCAGUGAUAUCAUCAAAUCCCGAUCCGAUGAACACAACGAUGUACAGAAGAAGACCUUUACCAAAUGGAUAAAUGCUCGCUUUUCGAAGAGUGGAAAAGCUCAAGUAAAGGACCUUUUUACAGAUCUCAAAGAUGGAAGAAAACUGUUGGAUUUGCUUGAAGGCCUCACUGGAACCUCUCUGCCCAAAGAACGUGGGUCCACAAGGGUACAUGCUUUAAAUAAUGUGAACAGAGUGCUCCAAAUUUUACAUCAAAAUAAUGUUGAGCUGGUAAACAUAGGAGGUACAGAUAUUGUGGAUGGAAAUCCCAAGCUGACCCUUGGUUUGAUAUGGAGCAUCAUCCUUCACUGGCAGGUGAAAGAUGUCAUGAAGGCAAUUAUGUCAGAACUCCAGCAAACGAACAGUGAGAAGAUUCUUUUGAGCUGGGUUAGGAAUUCAACAAGACCUUAUGAUGAAGUCAAUGUGCUAAAUUUCACCACCAGUUGGACAGAUGGCUUGGCAUUCAAUGGCCUGCUGCACAGGCACAGACCGGACUUGUUUAGCUGGGAAAAAGUUAUCAGGCUCUCCCCAACUGAAAGGCUAGACCAUGCUUUCAGCAUAGCAAAAAAGCACUUAGGAAUUGAAAAGCUGCUUGACCCUGAAGAUGUGGCAGUGUCACUACCUGACAAGAAAUCCAUACUUAUGUACGUAACAUCCCUUUUUGAGGUGCUUCCUCAUGAAGUAACUCUGGAUGAUAUCCAUGAGGUAGAGACUCUUCCUAGGAGAUUUAAGGGAGCAUAUGAGGAUAUGCCUUUCACAAAGCAACAGCAGGUCUCAGAUGAACCUUAUAGAGACUCUGGUCCUAAGACACACAGUACAGUAACUGAAGUAGAAAUGGAUCUUGAUAGCUAUCAAGUAGCCCUUGAAGAUGUCCUCACUUGGCUUCUUAUGGCAGAAGACACUUUUCAGGACCAAGAUGAUAUAUCGGAUGAUGUAGAAGAAGUUAAACAACAAUUUGCUACUCAUGAAGCAUUCAUGAUGGAACUGACAGCACACCAGAGCAGUGUAGGAAAUGUUUUGCAGGCAGGAAACCAGCUGAUUGCCCAAGGGGACCUCUCGGUGGAUGAAGAAAAUGAGAUUCAAGAGCAAAUGACCCUUCUGAAUUCACGUUGGGAAUCUCUCCGCAUAGAAAGCAUGGAAAGACAGUCUCGGUUGCAUGAAGUGCUGAUGGAUUUGCAGAGAAAACAACUGGACCAGCUGUCUGACUGGUUGACUGUCACGGAAGAGCGAAUUCACAAGAUGGAUAGAAAAUCUUUCGGGGAUGAUUUCGAGGCUUUUAAAAAGCAAAUUGAAGAUCACAAAAAACUACAAAAUGAUCUUGAAUCUGAGCAAGUGAAAGUUAACUCUUUAACCCACAUGGUGGUCAUUGUGGAUGAGAACUGUGGUGAGGGGGCUACAGUUGCUCUGGAAACUCAGCUACAGAAACUAGGAGAAAGAUGGGCAGCGGUUUGCCGUUGGACAGAGGAACACUGGAGUAAGCUGCAGGAAAUUCUUGUCCUCUGGCAGAAGCUUCUAGAAGAACAGAGCUUGCUCAGGAUAUGGCUAAAGGAAAAAGAAGAAUCUCUAAAAAAAGUCCAGCGGAGCGACUUCAAAGACCAGAAUGAGCUGAGUGUGAAUGUGAGGAGGCUGGCGAGCUUAAAGGAAGAAUUAGGAAUGAAGAAGCAAACAUUUGACCAUUUGCAUGAGUUGGCCCAGGACGUGGUUCUGCUUAUUGGCAGUAGCAAAGCAUCGCAGAAAGUGAAGAAUGAUAUGGAAGACCUUGCUCAAAAAUGGGAUGAACUAGUGCAUGUAUUGGAAGAUUAUACUAAUCAGGUGACCGAAUCAGUAACCACAUUUGGAGUGAAGCAAGUGUCCCGGAAAGUUAUUACUGAGACAGUGACUGUGACAGAACACAGUAGUACCCUUCUAAUAAAACAAGAACUCCCUCCUCCACCACCAGCGAAGAAGCGACAAAUGAGCCUGGAUGCCGAGGAAAAGAAAACGUUUGAUGAGGAAUCUGCUGAGCUGUUGAACUGGAUGAUUAAAUCCAGGUCUGUCAUUCUGGCUGCAGAGAUCAGUAACUACAGAAAGAUUAGAGACACAUCAGACAUAAAAGACGCAGUAAAGGUUUUAGAGAUAGAAAGAGCAGAAAGAACCCCAAAGUUUGGAGAGGCGGCUGCACAUGGACAGUACCUAUUGGAACUGUGUAAGCAAGAAGAGUUCCCUGAAGAUGAAGUGAAAGCAUCCCUGGAAAGAUUGCAGACUGAAUGGAAUUGCAUAAACAAGCAAAUAGAAGAGCUUAAUAAGGGUAUUUUGUAUCAGGAUGCUAUCACUGACUAUUUUCAAGAGUUGGAUAACCUAGAAGAAAAGAUAAGAUUGGAAGAGGAAUGGCUGGCGACUCAAUCCUUACUGUCCCAGGACCUUCCUUUGCAGGCAAUGAAAGAGAGUACACAGCUUCGGUUGGCUAAACUCUGUGACUUGCACUCAGAAGUUGAACAUUUAAGAUCAAAAGCAAGUUCACUCAGUUCCAAGCCUGCAGCUCCUGUCUUCAUUGAAGCAAGUCUGAAAAACAUCACUGUCCACUAUGACAAGGCAAAGAAUCAAAUGGAAAGAGAACUUAAGCAAUUCCAGGAAGCCCUGGAUCACCAGCCCAGCCAGAAGUAUCUAGAUACCCGGAGGUUGUUGAGAGAAACAAUAGUGGAAUGUCAACACAAAUUACAAUCACAACUAACAGGGCUCUGUGACCCUGCAACAGUUGAGCUGGCACUUCAACAGGCAAAGGUUCUCUUACAGACAUUAGAUGACCAGAAGAUGCACCUUGAUACAUUGUACACUGAAACCAGGCUUCUGGAGAAGAGAGCUCCGGAAGACAAAACAGCAGCAUACAUGAAUGAGUGCAGGGACAUAGAGGAGCAGUGGAGCAAACUAAAGAGUAUCUGUGCUGAUCACAUAUGUAUUCUAGAGGACAUAACUUCCAGACUGACAGAAUUUGAGGAUAAUUCCAAAUCUGUACAGAAAUGGAUCAGUGAAGCAAAAGAGUUUGUACUCAACCAACACACAGCCUCAGACGAUUCUGAGGCACUACAGGGACAGCUAGACCAGUGCAUGGCGCUUGUGAAUGACAUGGAAGUUGUGGAAGGAAGUUUGAACAAGUUAUCAGAUGUGGAAACGGCACUGAAAAGUCAUUCCGAUACAUUGAUCCAUACAUGGAUACUACCAAGGCUCGCUGACCAGCAGACACAAUGGGAACUGCUAAGUAAACAGGUAAUUCAUCAGAUGAACAGGUUAUCUGAAAGUCAGGAGAAAGCUGUAAAUUUGAAGAAGGACUUGGCAGAAAUGCAAGAGUGGAUGACGCAAGCUGAAGAGGAAUAUUUGGAAAAGGAUUUUGAAUACAAGUCUCCUGAAGAGCUUGAGAGCGCUUUAGAAGAAAUGAAACGAGCAAAAGAGGAUGUGUUACAGAAAGAGGUGAGAGUGAAGAUCUUAAAGGAUAAUAUAAACGCAAUGGCAGCCAAAGGACCAUCUGGUGGCCACGACUUGACAUUGGAGCUGAAAGAGGUUCUUGACAACUAUCAACAACUUUGUAACAGGAUUCGGGGGAAAUGUCACACACUAGAGGAAGUAUGGUCUUGCUGGAUAGAACUUCUCCAUUAUUUGAAUCUGGAGACAGCUUGGUUAAAUUCACUGGAAGAACGAAUACAGAACUCAACAAAUCUCCCAGAUAAAGUGGAUGUUGCUACUGAAGCUUUGGAGUCUUUAGAGUCAGCCCUGCGGCACCCUGCAGACAACAGAACACAGAUUCGUGAACUUGGCCAGACCUUGAUCGAUGGUGGAAUCCUUGAUGACAUCAUUAGUGAGAAGCUAGAAAUCUUUAAUGCCCGCUAUGAAGAGCUAAGUCAUUUAGCUGUGACCAGACAGAUCACUUUAGAGCAGCACCUGAUGACCCUCCGUGAGAGUGAUCAUAUGUUACAAACACUGCAAGAGUCCUUGGAAGAGCUGGAUAAACAGCUGACCACCUACCUGACUGAUAGAGUGGAUGCCCUGCGAAUGCCCCAAGAGGCUCAGAAAAUUCAAGCUGAUAUAAGCAGCCAUGAAGCAACUUUGGAGGGACUGAAGAAAAUUUCACGACCUGUGAUACUGUCCAGCCCAGAGGUUAAACCCACUCGAGGAGGAUCACAGCUGGAUGUUGUUCAGAGGAAAUUCCGAGAAGUGUCUACGAAGUUCCAGCUUUUCCAGAAGCCAGCAAACUUUGAACAGAGGAUGCUGGACUGUAAGCGUGUCUUAGACGGAGUGAAAGCCGAGCUUGGUGUACUUGAUAUCAAAGAUAUUGAUCCAGAUGUCUUACAGAAACAUAUGGAUGGCUGCAUGAAAUUGUACAAGACGCUGAGUGAAGUAAAGCUGGAGGUUGAGACUGUUAUAAAGACAGGAAGACAAAUUGUGCAGAAGCAGCAGACUGAUAAUCCAAAGCUAAUGGACGAGCAGCUAACGGCUUUAAAACUCUUGUACAAUGACCUCGGGGCUCAGGUAACAGAAGGAAAGCAAGAUUUGGAACGCGCCACUAUUUUAGCCGUAAAGCUGAAAAAAGAGUCUGCCUCUCUGUCUGAAUGGCUCAGUGCUACUGAAUCCGAGCUCAUUCUGAAAACCACAGCUGAUGGUCUGUGUGCAGAUCUGGAUGUGGAAAUUGCUUGGGCUAAAAAUGUACUGAAGGAGCUAGAGAGGAGGAAAGCUGAUCUGAACAGCGUGACGGAGAGUAGUGCAGCACUCCAGUGCCUAGUGGAGGGAAGCGAGAUCAUCUUGGAAGAAAAGCUGUGUGUCCUCAAUGCUGGCUGGAGCAGAGUACGUACCUGGACAGAGGAUUGGUGCAAUACUCUGCUGAAUCACCAGAGUCAGAUGGAGAUUUUCGAUGAGAAUGUUGCUCACAUAAGCACUUGGCUCUAUCAAGCAGAAGCCCUUCUGGAUGAGAUUGAGAAAAAGCCAGUGAUUAAGAAAGAAGAAACUGUGAAGCGCCUGCUGUCAGAGCUGGAUGAUGUCAGCCUUAGAGUAGAUAAUGUUCGUGACCAGGCCAUAAUUCUCAUGAACAGCCGUGGAAAUUCUUGUCGUGAACUGGUAGAACCAAAGCUGGCUGAACUGAACCGCAACUUUGAGAAAGUCUCUCAGCACAUUAAGGCUUCCAAGAUGCAUGUGAGUCAUGAUGCCUUAGCACAAAGCCCAUCAGAAGUAUCUGUACCCACUGAGGUCACAGCUGUUGAACUUGAAGUCUUCGAGUCUGAGCUUCUUGUCGUCCAAAAGGUUCUGGAGAGGUGUCUACAGUCAGCUGCAGAAAGUGAAAAGAUUGAUGACAAAAAUACCAAUAUUGAAGACAUUCUACUCAGAGGAGAACAGCUUCUGCAGCAGCCAAUGGAUGACAUCCAGAGAGAGAAAAUCCGACUGGAACUGCUUCUUUUACAGACAAGAUACAAUAGCGUCAAGGAACUCCAAACGGUUAGGAGAAGACAAGAAAGUAAGCUGUCUCCAGUCACUGCUCAGAACGAACAGGAAGAUCGCUUCUUCUCCUGGAUUAAUGAGACUGAGCAUCGCCUGUCUGGCCUUCAAGAUGCAGAGGAUGAAAAGAGACUUCAGGAGCUGCUCAAAGAAGUAGAAGAACACCGAGAAGAGUUCAUUGCACUGCAGAAAAAGAGCAGUGCUGUUCAGCAUGUUUCUCAAGGAGAGAUCGAUGGCGGGAGAUUAAAGCAACGCUUUGAAGAGAUCGAAGAGCAGUUUGCAAUGUAUCUAGGAACACAACAUGCCACCCUGGAUGACACUGAUACUUGUCUAGAUGUUAGCGUUACCUCAUCCAGAUUCAUGCCUUCAUUUCCUCCCUCGGAUUACUUGGUUGAGAUAAACAAAGUCCUGCUUUCCAUAGCAGAUACUGAGCUUCUGCUUAAUGCACCUGAUCUAAGCAGUGGAGAAUAUGAGAAUUUCACUAUACAGGAAGAAAUACUAAAGGACAUAAAAGAUUCUCUUGACAAGCUUGGAGAGCAAAUUGCAACUAUUCAUGAAAAACAGCCAGAUGUCAUUUUGGAAGCAUCAGGGCCUGAAGCCAUACAGAUAGCAGACUCUCUCACCCAGGUGAAUGCAGAGUGGGAUAGAAUCAAUAGAUUGUACAGUGAUCGUAUGAGUCGUUUUGACAGAGCGCUGGAAGAGUGGCGGCAGUUCCACUGUGACCUCACCGAUCUCACACAGUGGACAACUAAAGCUGAGGCUUUGUUAGCCCAGGCCCAAAUGCCAGGAGGAGCUCUGGAUUUAGAGAAAGCACAAUUUCAUCAGCGGGAGCUCGAGGAAGGAGUCAGCAGUCACCAGCUCAGCUUUACCAUUCUUAACCAGAGUGGGGAAGGGAUCAUACAGCAUUUGUCGUCUGCCGAUGGAGUGUUCUUACAGGAGAAACUGGCGAGCCUGAAUAAACGCUGGGGUGCCAUAAAGUCAGGGGUCAUGGAGAGACAGCAAAGGUUAAAAGAGGAGAAUUCUGCACUUAGUGAAUACAGGAGAAAAAUGGAUGAGUUUACCAUUUGGCUAGAGCAGACCACAAGUAUGAUUAGAGUGAAUCCUGCACUGGAUAAUAAAGAAAAGCUGAGUGCACUAAAGGCAUUGAAUAAAGAUCUGGGAAUGCAGAGUGAGAAAGUGGAGUGGCUGAACCGCGCAGCACCAGAUAUGUUAGCUUUGAAGUGCCUUAGUACCCAGGACAGAGAGAAACUUUCUGCUAGGCUACGAACCUUAAACAUCAGCUGGACUCAGGUGUCCAGAGAAGUGCCUGAAAAUAUAAAGGGCCUGGAAAAAGAUUUAUAUUAUCCCACCUAUACCCCUGAGCCAGUAUUACCCACUUACCCUGCCGUUCAGAAAAUGGUGCUGGUGUCUUCUGCUUCUGAGUUCCCAGGAGUGGUUAAGCAAGCUGUGGAAUUGCCACAUACCACUGACCUCGAUAAGACUAUCACUGAACUGUCAGACUGGUUGUUGCUCAUAGACCAGAUGCUUAAGUCAAAUAUUGUCACUGUUGGCGAUCCUGAUGACAUUAACACAACAAUAUCACGUAUGAAGAUAACCAAAGAAGAUAUGGAGCAUCGCCACACCCAGCUUGAAUCUGUCUUUACUUUAGCGCAGAAUGUUAAAAACAAAACUUCUAGUCUGGAUGUGAGAUCAGCUAUUACGGAGAAAUCGGAAAAGUUGAAGAAUCAGUGGGACAGCACACAAUAUGGAGUUGACAUGCGACAAAAGCAGCUACAAGAUAUGUUAUCUGACAGCCAAAAGUGGGAGGGUCUAAGGAAGGAGUUGCAGAGCAUCUCGGACCAAACAGAUUUCCGCCUGUAUACCCUCAUUCAAACAUCCAAAGACACCCUUGUCAAACAGCUUGCAGAGAACAAGGCUUUACUGCAAGACCUGCACAAGGGUGAGAUUGCCAUGGACACAUUUAAUGAACUUACCAACAAAGUACUGCGUGAUUACAGCUCUGAUGACACCAGAAGAGUAAAGGAGGCUAGUGACCAGCUGUACAUGAUGUGGGUGAACAUGAAUAAGAGGGUUGGCGACCGCCAGAGCACCCUGGAGAAGGAGCUGAAGAAUUUCCAGUCCUUGGUCAAAGAGCAUGAGAACUUAAUGAAGUGGAUGCAAGAAGCAGAGACAACAGUAAAUGUUCUCAUGGAUGCAUCACAACGUGAAGGUGUUCAGCAAGAUGUUAAUCGUUUACGCCACCUCAAAGUUCAGCUGCAGGAUAUUCAAGCGGAAAUAGAUGCCCAUAAUGACAUUUUCAAAAGCAUUGAUGGGAACAGACAAAAGAUGGUGAAAGCUUUGGGAAAUUCAGAGGAAGCAGCAUUACUUCAGCAUAGACUAGAUGAUAUGAAUCAGCGCUGGAAUGAUCUGAAGUCCAAGUCAUCCAAUAUCAGAACACACUUGGAGGCGAGUGCUGAUAAAUGGAAUCGCUUGCUAAAAUCCUUGGAAGAACUGAUUGGUUGGUUAGAUGUCAGAGAUGAAGAGCUAAAAAAGCAAAUGCCUGUUGGUGGAGAUGUUCCCACUGUGCAACAACAGUAUGACUUCAGCAAGGUCUUGAAACGGGAAUUGAAGGAUAAAGAACAGACUGUCCUGAAUACCAUAGAACAAGCACGGAUUUUUAUUUCUGAGCAGCCUAUUGAGGGCCCUGAAGAACCAAGACGGAACUUACUCCAUAAAACAGAAUUAACUCCUGAAGAAAAAGCGCAAAAAAUUGCAAGGACCAUGCGCACACAGUCCAUGGAGGUGAAGGAGAGGUGGGAAAACCUGAACUCGCAGGCUGGCAGUUGGCAAAAGCAAGUGGAGAAGGCUUUGGAGAAACUGAAGGUCUUGCAAAGUGCAAUGGAUGAUCUUGACUCGGAACUGAUGGCAGCAGAGGAAGUGCGAAAUGCCUGGAAGCCAGUGGGAGACUUAUUAAUCGAUUCAUUGAAGGAACAAAUUGAAAAAACAAGUGCAUUUGGAGAGGAAAUUGCACCCAUCAGCUCAAAAGUGAACACAGUGAAUGAUGUGGCUAGUCGGCUUUCUGCUCUAGAUAUUCAGCCAUCUGCAAAAACAGCUCGCCAGUUGGAUGACCUGAACAUCAGAUGGAAGCUUCUACAGGCAGCAGUUGAAGAACGCCUUAAACAUCUUCAUGAAGCACACCAAGAUUUUGGACCUUCCUCUCAACACUUUCUGUCUACUUCAGUACAGCUUCCUUGGCAACGAUCUGUGUCACUUAAUAAAGUACCCUACUACAUCAAUCAUCAUGUCCAAUACAGUGUAUUAGACGUCGGGGCACAGAGGAGUCAUCAAACUCAGACUACAUGCUGGGAUCACCCCAAAAUGGCCGAGCUCUUCCAAUCUCUUGGAGACUUAAACAAUGUCAGGUUUUCUGCCUAUCGCACUGCUAUGAAGAUAAGAAGACUUCAGAAAACUUUGUGCUUGGAUCUACUGGAACUGAGCACCACGCACAAUAUGUUCAAACAACAUGAACUCAAUCAAAACCAACAGCUACUGUCUGUCCCGGAAAUCAUCAGCAUCCUCACUUCCAUUUAUGACAGCAUAGAGGAAAAACACAAAGAUCUGGUUAAUGUGCCUCUCUGUGUAGACAUGUGUCUGAACUGGCUGCUUAACGUAUAUGACACUGGUCGUACAGGGAAGAUUCGUGUACAGUCUCUGAAGAUUGGGCUUAUGUCUCUGUCCAAAGGACUUCUGGAAGAAAAAUACAGAUAUCUUUUCCAGGAAGUUUCUGGGGCAGCAGACACUUGUGACCAGAAGCAGUUGGGCUUACUACUGCAUGAUGCUAUUCAAAUCCCACGGCAGCUGGGGGAAGUGGCAGCCUUCGGUGGAAGUAAUAUUGAACCAAGUGUCCGUAGUUGUUUUCAACAUGCUCAGAAUAAGCCAGAGAUCAACGUGAAACAGUUUAUUCAAUGGAUGCGAUUGGAGCCUCAGUCCAUGGUCUGGCUACCUGUGCUUCACAGAGUGGCAGCAGCUGAAACUGCUAAGCAUCAAGCCAAGUGUAAUAUCUGCAAGGAAUGUCCCAUUGUAGGAUUUAGGUAUCGUAGUCUGAAGCACUUCAAUUAUGAUGUUUGUCAGAGUUGUUUCUUUUCGGGAAGGACAGCAAAGGGCCAUAAGCUACAUCACCCAAUGGUGGAAUACUGCAUACCAACUACAUCGGGAGAAGAUGUUCGAGACUUUACAAAGGUGCUGAAAAAUAAGUUCCGUUCCAAAAAGUACUAUGACAAGCAUCCCAGAUUAGGCUACUUACCAGUCCAGACUGUGCUUGAAGGAGAUAACAUGGAGACCCCUAUUACACUCAUCAGCAUGUGGCCAGACCAGUUUGAUCCAUUGCAAUCUCCGGAAUUAUUUGAUGAUGAUACACAUUCCAGAAUAGAGCAAUAUGCCAGCAGGCUGGCACAAAUGGAAAGAACCAAUGGAUCCUUGUUCACAGACAGUAGCUCGGCCACUGGAAGCAUAGACGAUGAGCACGCUCUUAUCCAACAUUACUGUCACACAUUGGGAGGAGAAUCACCUUUAGGUCAGCCACAAAGUCCUGCUCAGAUCCUAAAGUUUGUCGAGCGAGAAGAGCAAGGAGAACUGGAGCAAAUCAUUGCUGAUCUAGAGGAAGAGCAAAGGAAUUUAAAGAUUGAAUACGAACAGCUGAAAGCACAGCAUCUGAGACGAGGGCUGAGCCCUCCGUCCUCUCCUCCUGAUUCCCUGGCAUCACUUCAGCACACAUCCGAGGAUGCAGAACUCAUUGCUGAGGCAAAACUGCUAAGACAGCACAAAGGCCGAUUAGAAGCCAGGAUGCAGAUUCUAGAGGAUCAUAACAAGCAACUCGAGUCCCAACUUCAGCGGCUUCGGCAGUUAUUGGAGCAGCCUGACUCAGAAUCCAGGGUGAAUGGAGUCUCUGUUUCUACAGUUUUAAUGCAGCCGCCAGCCCCACAAUAUACAGCUGACCACUACAGUUCACAAUUUCAACAGAGAGAUGACAUACUGUCUUCCCCUCAUAACACCAGCACAGACCUGAUGGAUGUUAUGGAACAAAUAAACAGCACAUUUCCACUCAGCUGCUCAAGCACUUCUAGAAGAGAGCAGGCAAUGUGAAGAAACCAUCCAUGAGAACAUCUGUCCUUGGCACAGAGUCCCGUCAGUACGCAGCCAAUCAAAGAUUCUAUUAUUGA